UUGCAGGGUACGUUGAAAAAUGACAACGUUGUGGCAAUAAAGAAGCUGACCUUAGGUCGCUCUCCACGCGUAGUUUCUGAAUUCGAAAGCGAAGUGAAACUCAUUUCUAAUGUUCAUCACAAAAAUCUUGUGCGUUUACUUGGAUGUUGCAGACAAGGCCAAGAAAGGCUCUUGGUUUAUGAGUACAUGCCCAAUAGCAGCCUCGACAGAAUAUUAUUUGGAGAACAUAAGAAACCUUUGAGUUGGAAGGAAAGGUUCAACAUUAUCCUUGGCACUGCUCGUGGUCUGGCCUAUCUCCAUGAGGAAUUCCACGUCUGUAUCAUCCAUCGUGAUAUUAAAUCAAGCAAUAUAUUACUUGGCGACAAUUUUCAGGCAAAAAUAGCAGAUUUUGGGCUGGCAAGACUUCUUCCACAUGAUAAAUCUCAUGUCAGCACAAAAUUUGCAGGAACCUUAGGAUACACAGCUCCUGAAUAUGCUAGCCAUGGGCAAUUAACAGAGAAAGCUGAUACCUACAGCUUUGGUGUGGUGGUUCUUGAAAUAGUCAGUGGCAGAAAAAGCAUUGACUUGAAUCAACCACCUGAUAUGCAAUAUUUGCUUGAAUGGGUUUGGAGCCUACACGAAGAAAACAAGGUUUUAGAGACGGUGGAAAGCAAAGAGAAGAUAGAAGGGUAUAAUGAAGAAGAGGUGGUGAGGGUGAUAAACCUUGCGCUUAUGUGCAUACAAGGUUCUGCCACUCAUAGGCCAUCAAUGUCUGAGGUUGUGACAAUACUGUUAAGUAAAGUUGAGAUUGAUUUUCAGAAACCUCUGCAGCCAGCAUUCGUAGACGUGGGAUACAAAGUACGUGGAGAAAGUUCCCCUCCAUCAUCUCAAUCAAAUGCUACUAUUACAGAAUCUCUUAAUGCUCGUUAGUAAUGGUUAUGGUUAUUUCUCUUGUUUCAAUGGACACAUGGAAAGUAGCAAGGAAGGAUGGAUUGUUAAGUUCUAGCUAAUUAUAUAGUUACCUCUUA